AUGGAGCGGCGCGCGGUACACGCUGUGGUGCUCAAUGACUUCACCUACGCGGAGAACAAAGAAAAUAUCACCCUCACCAAGGAUGACGUUGUCGACGUGCUCUCGCGGCCUGGGCCGUGCGACGGGCCGGACCCGAGUCUCAUGUUCAAGUUCAAGUCUCGUGUGGGCUACAUACCAUCAUCUUACCUAUCAGGCCAAGUCCGUCUUCCGCCAGGCGGACGACUCGGCCGCAUUGUGAGAUGUCAGACACAAGAGGAAAGCACCGGAAGGGACGACAUUCUCCACGUACAGGCGGACGACAUCAUCGUCAUGUCCAAGAUUCCGCCCGCAGAGGACUGGUGGCUGGGUGAGAUCAUUCAUUCCAAGAAUCACCCAGAGAAUUUUAGCCUUAAAGGGGCCUUUCGGCCCAAGGUGGUGAAGAUCCUCGCCGUUCACCCGCACACGACCGUCGAGCAUGCGCCCCUGUCCUCCUCUCAGGGGACCGCGGGUGGUGGCUUGAUGGGCUCCAAUGCACUCUCGCCCCGUGGCCACCUCCAAAAGCAGCCCUUGCCGUCGGCCUCCUCUCCUCCCCUCGCUGAUUCCAUGUUCUCAGUAGCCGCCGUUGAUGACAACCACAUCGUCGUGCUUCAAGAGGAACUCUUACAGUAUCUCCUAGCGAAGGAUAUGCUGCUAUUCUCCUGGUUGUGCGAGGUCGUCGACGGCGCUCACACCGCACCGCUCGCGCAAGCGGUAGUUCACCUCUUCAAGAUGAACGGCUUCAUUCCGCAGCUGAUCAACACAGUCAUUGAAAUCGAAGUAAAGCGAACACAUCAACCAUCAACAUUUUUCCGAGACAACACGUUGACGUCGCACGUCGUGUCAACGUACAGCCACGACAUCGGGAAAGACUACAUUCUCUUAGUACUCAAGGGGCUCAUUCGGUCGACCGCCAGUUACUCGGCGGAGACUCUCGAGAUCAACCCACACAUGAUCAACCUGUCCGUCACGACGCUGGAAGAAAACAUCUCCAAGCUGAGCAGUGUUAUUCAGUUGUAUCUCGAUGUCAUCACGGCCUCUGCCGCUCAUCCUCCCCCUGUGCUCACCAAGUUCCCCGAGAGCAAGUACUCGGCGAUCGGCGGGUUCUUCUUCCUUCGCUUCCUGUGCCCCGCCAUCGUCAGCCCCGAAAGCUAUGGCCUUGUGGACAGCGGUGCGGCAACGCUCACCGGCGCUAACAGGCGCCCGCUGAUACUCGUUUCCAAGGUGCUGCAAUCGAUAGCCAACGGAGUGCAGUUCGGCAAGAAGGAGCCGUACAUGAUCCCAAUGAACGAGCUGAUGCAGGUCAACAUCGCGAAAGUGCACAACUUCUUCGACGACCUCGCGGACAUCGCCGGGCUGGAGGACCAGUUCGUGAUGGGCAAUCUGGGCCAGAGGGAACUCACCUUCCGGCCGGACCAGCUCGCCAAGGUGCACGCCGAACUCCAUUUACGGUUUGGGGUCAUCAAGGCCCAUGUGCUGGAAACGGUGGAGCAGUCUACGGAAUCGGGGAAGCACAAGGUGGGCAUGCUCGAUGCGCUAGAGAAGCUAUUGAGCAAGCUGGGCCUCCCCAAGCCGGUGGAGGUGGAGACCGUGGCGGAGGAAGAGGUGACCAGCCCCAACCUAAGGCCUCCCCCGGUUCAUCUGCCCCAACAGAAGAAGACGUUCUUCAGGACCUCCUCUCGAGACUCCAGUUCGCUGCGCCGGAAGGAAAAGGUGGAGUUGGAGAAAGGCCGAUCGAAAAACAGCAUCACGGAAGAAGCCGGAAAGGCGCCGGCCUCGCCGAAGCUGCCGCCCAAGCGAAACACCCCGCUCACUGAUGACGAGGUGCCAGUGUCGCACCCUGCGUCCACACACGCGGGCUGGAUGCUGCUGAAGGGCAACCCUCAGAACACGCUCAAGCUCCGAAAUAAGUGGAAACGAUUCUACUUCCUCCUCGUGGAAUGGGAGCUGCACUAUUACAAGCCGGGAGACACAGUCAAGAAAAUGGGGACCAUCGACAUCAGCACGGCCACCGUCUCACAGAAUCUGGCGGCGCUCUGGGCUCCGCCCUCGAUUCCCAAGGCGCCCAACAAACCCGGGCAGUUCCAGUUCGAGCUGGCCUUCCCGGACAGGCCCGUCCUGCAUUUUUCCCUGACCCCGUCCGCCUCGCAGCUGGAUCUUGAAAGGUGGAUGGACGCCAUCAACAAAGCCAAGGACAGUGCAGUAGGUCGGCUGCCGCCGGUGCUCUCUCCACGGGGCGUGCUACCGUCGGGUGCCAAUUCCAUAACCCCUCCUCCAUUGACCCUGUCCCUCUUCAACCUUCAAACAAGCAACGAAUUCCAGCCAGAUGUUGACUGCGACCCAACUACCACCGCACAACAGCAGCACUUGUCGGAGAUCGAGCGGACGCUCAGCCCAGUGGGCAGCCCGCGCAGUGCGGGCUAUUUCAACUUCAACACCUUCAACACCUUCCACACCAGCGGCCCCGACGAACCGGAGACCGAGACCGGAGGCGGCAGCGCCAUCGUGGGGCGUGUGAGGAUCGCGCACAGUCCCUCGAUGCGCGUCGGAGGAUCCACGCCCGCGGCCGAGACCGUCGAGCAGCGGAAGAAGGCCAAGACCGCCAGCUGGGGCAAGAUGGAGAUGUUCGAGCGGCUCAUCAAGGGCGCCGAUGACAAGAUGCAGCAGCAGCAGCAGCAACAUCAGCAGCGAGAGCGGAUCGCACGCCGAGAGAGCGAAAAGGUAAGAACAACCACACCGGCAGCGCCAGCAGCGCCGGCAGCACCGUCAACGUCGCCGGCGAGAGCGCAGCUCAAGUGGCGCGCGGCCGCGGUCAAGCCGCCGCCGCCGCCAUCGCCCACCACCCCGCCCAAGCUGUCCAACAGCGCCAACAUCGCCAACAACACCAGCCCGCCGAGCGGCGGCACGAGCCGGAUCGGGCUGAUGCCGGCCCGACCUGACGAAGGCGACUAUGCGUCCAUCGUGCGAAUGCUUUCGAAGUUGACGCAGAGCGUGGAGAGACGGUUAGACGUGGACAGGGCGCUGCUGGGGCGACGCAACAGCGACGGGUCGCUGACCGCGGGCGCGGGCGAAGCGAGGGAGAUCCUCGAGAGCAGGCUGUCGGCGCUCACCGCGGCCUUGGCCACGCUCAAGACCAUCAAGUUGUAG